GCAGCUGCGGCCUCAACUCCCAAGGGGUCUCUCUACCCACGGCCUCGUGCUGACCAACACGACGUGAGGAGGUAUUUUGUCACCAGGCCAGGAGCUUUUGACCAAGCUGUGGAGGACUUGAAGGCCCACGUGGUGGAGACCAUGGGAGAAACCGCUCACAGCUUCUGGCUUCUCACAGAGAUCGACCACUGGAACAACGAGAAGGAGCGUGUCGUGGUCGUCACAGACCUGGCCCUGCUGAUCUGCAAAUACGACUUCAUCAUGCUCAAAUGCCUCCAGCUGCAGAGGGUCCCCCUGAACGACGUCGACCGCAUCUGCCUGGGAUCCUUCACCUUUCCGGAGCGGUCCCUGGACAGGAGAGAAGGAGAAGGUCUGAGAAUCUACUGGGGUAAACAGCAAGAACCUGAUUUUCUGUCCCGCUGGAACCCGUUUUCCACCGAAGUGCCUUAUGCCACGUUCAUGGAGCAUCCGGUGAAGAGCAGCAGCCAGAGGUUUAAUGACAUCUGCGAGAUUUCCACGUUUGUGUCUCAGCUGGUGCCGGCGGUGCAGAACGUUCGGAUGAAGGAUCCGGCCAGGACGGACGGGGUGCGGGUGGAGUACGAGCCCCUCCUCAUCGAUACCUACACGGGGCUGAUGUCUUUCAUCGGGAACCGAAACAAGCUGGGUUAUUCCCUCGCUCGGGGGAGUGUCGGCUUCUGAAGGGCGCCCCUUUGGGGGAUUUUUGUUUUCUGGCAGAAGUUUACUAAACAGGAUGUGGUCUGAUUGAGGGCUGACAUUCAAUGCUGGACUUCUUUGCAAACCCUCUUUCUUAGAUCCGUUGUUCCUCUGGGCCCAGGAUCCAACCCAUAUCUUAUUUCCAAAAUGUCAUAUAUCAGGGUCCCCAACCUUUUUGGUGUAGUGGUUAAGU